AUGUGGUACCACGUGGCUCUGUACUUGUUCCCACAAGCGAACUACAUCGCGAAGGGGGACGAUGACAUGUUCCUGCGUGUGCCGCAGUACCUUGCCGACCUGCGCACUUUGCCCCGGCGUGGAGUUUACUGGGGGUUCUUUGAUAUAACAAGCAACAUGAAGGUUCGCUACGCCACUGGUUACUCCGUGACACUGGCGAGGGAUGUGGCAGAGCAGGUUGUGCUAUAUGAACCGCUAAGAAGGUUGGUGUAUCGCCCAUAUGCCGCCAAGGAAAGUGAUUUUUUGAGCUUGAAUAUGGAACACGAGGACGUUAUGGUGGGACGGGCGCUCAAGGAGAGGAGGUAUCCACACCUCGUGUAUGCCCGUGAGAAAUCGUGCCGAUUCCACGACGUCCACGUGGGGCACCGUGUUCGGCCCGUGACAUCACGCUCAGUGGUCAUUCAUCAUAUAAAGGAGAGUGAGUACGCCGAGCUGAUGGAGCGGUUUGGCAAUGACACUUCACCCACUGGAAAAAGGUAUAGGUGGGGCAGCAGGCACUUUAUUGGGUUUGGUUGCAUGCAUUAA